AUGGAGAAGCUCAACGAGAUCCUCGCAGCCUACGUUGCCAAGGGAGAUUCGACCAAGGGCAAAGUGCUCGGAGCUGCCUUCACCGUCGUGAACAGAGAUGGCGUUCUAUUUGAAGGCUCAGCUGGCCGUGUUGAUAUACCCCGAGACUCAAGCCCGUGGGGCUCCGACACCCUGAGCUGGUUCGCGUCCAUGACCAAACUCGCCUCGGCCAUCUGCAUCCUCCAGACCGUCGAGCGCGGCCUCGUGACCCUCGACGAGGACGUCCGGCCCCGGCUUCCUUUUCUCCAAGAGGUGCAGAUCCUGCGCGGGUUCGACAAGGCCGGCAACCCCAACCUGGAGGCCAACCCCUCGCCCAUCACCCUCCGCCACCUGCUCACGCACACGACAGGGCUGGGCUAUGACCUCAGCGAGGAGCCCCUCAUGAGAUGGCGCCGCAAGGUCGGCAAGGACAAGAUCAACAUGACCAUGACCAUGGAGGGCUACUCGACCCCUCUCCUCUUCCAGCCCGGCACGGACUGGAUGUACGGGACCUCGGUCGACUGGGCCAUGUUUGUGCUCGAGAGGGUCACCGGCCAAAAGGUCAGCGAGUACAUGGCCCAGAACAUCCUGGUGCCCCUCGGCAUGAACGAGACGGGUUUCUGGCCCAAGACGCUCGGAAAGGAGCCUGUCGGCAUCCCGUAUCGAGGGUCCGGCGGGGUUCUGGCCGGCGCCCCGUUCCCCGUCCCGGAGGAGCACCCCGUCGAGAGCGGAGGCGCGGGACUGUACUCGACCGCGAGGGACUACGCCAAGCUGCUCCGCGCCGUCCUGCAGGGCAAGCUGCUGAGCCAGGAGAGCAUGGACCUGCUGUUUCAGCCUCAGCUUGACGAGGAGCUGCAGAUGCGGUUGAUAGACAGGGUGGGGCCUGCGCAGUUUCUUUAUUGCCCCGAGUAUCCGCCGGGGAUGCCCAUGAAUUUUACAUUCGGCGGCUUGACGAAUCUCGAGGAUAUUCCGGGCAAGAGGUCCAAGGGAAGCAUCAUGUGGAGUGGUUAUGUCAAUCCUCGUUGGUGGAUCGACCGAACGAACGGAGUGGCAGCCGUGCUCCAGGUAUCCCUUCUGCCAUUUGCUGAUCCCAUAGUGGCCAGAUUGUACGAUGAGCUGGAGCGUGCUGUGUAUGAGGGCCUAGUGGCCAAAUAG